AUGUCUUCGUUACAAUUCUGGGGUUUGGAACACAGUUCGAGACAGUUCUUUAGCUCUAUCGCGGUGGCUCAAGGAAUAUCGUAUCUCAUUGAGAAUAUUUGUUUCCUCAUCUUCAUUAGAUACUCCAAAUCGGUGGUCAAAAUUCGUCUCGAAUUUUCACGCUGUUUUCUGGAAGAUUGGGGUGUGUGGUUUAGACUGGCCAUUCCCGGUAUCAUCAUGGUUUCCAUGGAAUGGACACUAUUUGAAAUUGGUCAAUGGGUUGCGGGGUCCCUUGGUGCACACGAGCUGAGCGUACAAACCGUGCUGACUAUGAUUGACGCCGUGAGCUAUUCCCUGCUUCCUUACGGUAUCGGAAGUGCUACUGGUAUCCGAGUGGGUCAGUAUCUUGGAGCCGGUGAUGCGGCAGGCCCGCGUACUGCAUUCUCAGUCGCAUUACUCGUGAUGUGUGAGUUAUUGAUUUUUAUAAAGCCAAGUUAA